ACGGCGCCAUGGUAAUUCGACUCGGGUUAAAGUCUCGGUUAAAUAGACAUUCCCUCCUGCCCUAGAAUGUCGAAAACCCUGAGGAAGGUCGACAAAUCAGGACAUUCAAGGAUGAAGAACCUCGCCCAGGCGACGAAGAACGAGAUGCCUGAAGUCAAGGCUCGGUUUAAGGCCACGUUGCCCGAGCUGGGAUAUGUCGACGUGAGGAGGUCCUUGAAGAAGCCGAUGAAAUGAUUCUAGGAUACCCUCUCUAGAUAAAUCAAUGUCCUGAUCCUGUCUAUAACUAGAUAUCGGAUUCCUCAUCACGAGGCGGUGAUCUUGGAACUUGAAGAGAACAGCUUCCACGACGCUGCGGAGUACCUGAAGAUGCUCUUCAAGGUGGAUGAGGAUACAAGGACAUCGGAAGGUCCUGGGAGCACCAUCUGGAAAAAACCGCGGUUAAAGGACCAGGACGAAUUGGUGGACAGCUUGGCUGCCGGGUUGGUUAAAGCCAACGAGGGAAAAAUAUUUGGUCAGUCGAUGGUCCAGUCAGCUGCUCUUCUGGACACAGCCCUAUAUUUUCAAUCAAAAACCUCGGAAUGGUGGUGGGUCGCCGAAGAGGUCUUCAAGUCCGGCUUGGCCGUUGCUGAAGAGGUUCCUGACGACGGCCAGACUCUUGCCACGAUGCGCUUCCUUUACGGCAGACUCUUGACAAUUAACAUGGAUUGUCCGGAAAGGAGCUUGGAUUAUUUAAGCAGAGCUCGAGCAGCAAGUCAGGGGAAGAAUUGGAAUGUUUCCAAGAUCCUGGGAGUGCCCCAGGAGAGUCUCUUCAGGGAGUGCUGCAGCCUCUUGUACGAGGCCCUCCUAAGAUUGGUUCGCCGGCCGCAAAUGAACCCUGAAGUGGCCAUGAAAGCUUGCAAGCGUGCUUUGAAAAUGGCCCUUGACUGUAAGUUCAUCACUAAGCUUAACAAUAACGUAAUUUCAUCGAGUCACGCGGCAGCAGGAAGAGAGGAGUACAUUGCCAGGGCGCAUUUCGAGCUGGGGAAAGCAGAAGUCCUGGCUGGAGACACGGAGAAGGCUCUUCGGGAUCUCUCAAAAUUCCUGGCCAUCGCCAAGAGGAUCCCCGACCCUGAAGGGGUCUGCAACGGGCACAUGCAGCUCGCCUUCGCCUACAAAGUGCUUGACAUUAUUAAGUGGUUCGAGUAUCUCCUAAAUUUUACUCACAUACGUCUCCUUGCGCAGAAGCUCAAGGACCAUGACAAUACCAUGAAACACCUGGAAAUAUCCCGGGAACUCGCCGGAGGAUAUCAACUACCUCGCAAGCUCGCCGAGGCGCAUUACACUAUAGGGGAGUACCUGUUAAACCUGCGUCUGCCAAAACUCGCGACGCCGCACCUGGAGCAGGCCUUCACCCUUUACAACGCCCUGGGGAUGAUGAAUGACGCAGACAAAGCUCGAGGUCUAGCAGCGGUUUCGAAAGGGCAGGAGGUGAUGGACCGUUUCGUUGAAAUGGUCCAAGGAUGUGCAGACUCCGAGGAGGAGAGGCUGGCGAUGUGCGGUUGGAAGAAUCGGAGGAUCCCAUUUUGGAAAGACCUCGUUCCUGAAAAAACUGACGAAGAGAGAGGCGACUCCGAUGAUCAGCUUGAAUUCUUCGAGGGUGCGAUGUCGACGUCUCGCUGGGAAGCUGAAAGCGAAGCAGACAUGCGGAAUUAAAGCUCAUACACGUCUCGGGACGACCGAUACUUCGGUAAAGAACGUUUUAUCACUGUCUACACUGGGUGGCUGCUACAACAAAGAUCUGUCCAAAGCUCAAGAUAAACCUCUUGAGCCCUAUGUGUCUCUUAAUCGGUCCUUCUUAUCGCUAAUCACAGAUCGAUGGUCGAUUCCGCAUCCGUUUCUUCUAUUCUUAAUCGUUAAUCAUUAAUUUUUGCAGAAGAGCGCGUCGCUCGCGAGUACCAAACUUCAAAGGAGCGAAGAAAGUCGAUAAUAAAGUAGUAAAUGAUAGACUGAAAAUCCACUUAACGUUACAUUUAAUAGGCGGGGUUUGCCCCGUCCACUUCUUAAUUUUGUUUCUGUCUUCUCGCCACGACAUAAAUGUAAUAUAUAUAUAUAGUUAUAUGUAUAUAAAAUACGCCAAGUAA